CAGAGAGCUACGCGCAUAUUAUUCAUUCGCGCGAACGCAUUCGACUCGGUUCACCCGUUCGCGAGGCAUCGCGACCGCUUCAGUCUUUGCGUUGUCUGCAGUCUUCGACGAUCCUUCUUCGAAAUUUAUCCUCAAGUUCGAGUAGUUUCAUUUCAUUCUACAUUGACAGCUUGAUUAACCAAUAAGAAAAAAGAUUGAAAGAAGAGCAAAUUGGGAAGGCUGCAUUUGAAAUUUCGAGGACGCAUCCUUGGAUUCUUCGAUUUCCAAGCUCGAUUUUCACCUACUUCAAUCGGUUGGCGAACGAUUGGGAAGCAAAUCACGUGCUACUCACCGAUAUUGCGAUGAUUACCAGGCAUCAAUAUACCAGUUUAUUCCUUGUAGGGCUAUACUUUUUUUUAAAUAUUCCCGACGACUAUCAUGUUCUUGGACAUGGACGACUUAUGGAUCCACCAGGACGUAAUAGUAUGUGGCGAUUUGGAUUUCCGAAUCCAGUGAAUUACAACGAUAAUGAGUUAUUCUGCGGCGGGUAUGCAGUUCAAUGGGUUCAAAAUAAAGGAAAAUGUGGGGUCUGUGGAGACGCAUUUCAUUUGAGCGAGCCAAGACCACACGAGGCAGGUGGUGAAUAUGCGAAAGGAACUAUAGUCAGACAUUAUACGGUUGGCCAGGAAAUCGACAUCGAAGUUGAGCUAACGGCUAAUCAUAUGGGAGGAUUCGAGUUAUAUCUCUGUCCAAAUAACAAUCCUAGGAGCGAAGCAACUCAACAAUGUUUCGAUAGAUAUCCUCUCUACAUAUCUGGUACACGAGACGUCCGUUUUGAAAUACCUUUGGAUACAGAAAAGAAAGCUAUAUUCCGUUACAGAGUUGUCUUACCGGCUUACAUAACUUGUACCCAAUGUGUCAUUCAAUGGAAUUAUUACACAGGUAAUAUGUGGGGUACCUGUGAUAAUGGUACAGAAGCAGUAGGAUGUGGUAGGCCAGAAACAUUUCGAAAUUGUGCGGACGUCAGUAUCGUGACAAGUACAGCAGGAGUUCCACCACCCUUUGUGCACGAUGAUAAUCCUUUCUUACUUUAUUAUAGAGAUAUUACUUCACCGAACAAUAUAUUCCCACUAAUAGUAAGAUCACAAGUUUGCGUACCUACGUAUUUUUAUCGACUUAUACCUGGCAUGACUGAUUGGUGUCAGGCCAAUUGUCUUCGUUAUCCACCGAAUUGUCCAAAUAUGGUCUGUCAGUGUCCAGAAGUGUGCGAUGCGAUAGGUGAAAUCGAAGGUAAAGAAGGUGCAAGCGUUUAUUGUAUGGAUAAAUGUCUGGUAUAUCCAUCUGAUUGUCCGAGUCAUCGUUGUCGUUGUUAUUGACAAAAAAAAAAGAAAAAGAAAAAAGAAAAGAAAAAAGAAAACAAAAAAAAAAUAGAAAAGAAACUCAUCCAUCUUCAACAACAAUAUCUAUGCCGUUUAAUGAUCAAAAAAUUUGAUAGGCAAAAGACAAACGGAUGCUAUUGCAAUACUCAAUUAAUUAACCAUUAGAUUAUCAAUGUUGUCUUUCAUAUCACGCCGUCCAUGUAUGCUUGUCCUCUUUUUUUUUUUUUUUGAUUACAAAGAGUGUUUCGUAUCGAUUGCAUGUUCAACGAAUGUUUCCUAUUAUAUGUAUAAAUGAUUAAUUAGAUUGUAAGUAAAAACUCACGGAAUCGCAGAAGAGAGGAAUCUAAAGGAUUUCAAAAAAUCAAAUAACCUGCGAUGGUUCCUUCCAUUGUAUACGAGAAGAUAACAAAAAAAUAUGACUGACAUA